AUGUCUGCAACGACGACCACUCAGACUUCGCUCUCUACCACCCUCUCGGGUGCCCAAGAUUCUGCCUAUGUCCCCCGGGGCCCCGUGCACACAAAGUUGAACUUUUUCAGAGAACCUGAAGAUGGCUCCAAGCCCUACAAUUUUGUGGAGAAACAGCCCGAAGGCAAACCGCAGCGAAACUUCGGAGAGACUGUGGUUGAAGUCCAGAUGAAUGACAUCCGCGGCCGAGAAAACGAAUUCAAUCUGGACAAAGACGCUUUCCAAGCCAUUAAGGGUGUCCCAUCAAAAGAGACGGAUUUCGUCGAUGAUGAACAUAUCAAGAAGGUCUACUACCCGGAGGUAGAGAAACUGCUGCUGGAGCAGGUUCCCGGUGCACACAAAGUCACCAUUUUCGACCACACAAUCCGUCGGUCGAACCCUGAGGCUCCUCGUGCCCCAGUCACCAGAGUGCAUGUUGACCAGACGGCGCGGUCGACCGAGUGGCGCGUGAGGCUCCACAACCCGGAAGAAGCAGAUGAGCUUCUAAAGGGCCGCUACCGCAUCAUCAACGUGUGGCGACCCAUCAACGGCACCGUCCAGGCGCAUCCUCUCGGCUUUGCGUCUGCCGACACCGUCGACGACAACGACCUCAUCCCCGUGGAGCAUAGAUAUCCUCAUCGGACGGGCGAGACGGCCGCCGUGCGGUACAACGAGAACCAGAAGUUCUAUUACUGGUCGGGCAUGGACAACGACGAGAGGUUGUUCUUGAAGUGCUAUGACAGCAAAGAGGGCGUUGGUCGACGAGUUCCUCACACGGCGUUCGUGGAUCCGAGAACACCUGUUGGAGCAAAGGGCCGGGAGAGCAUUGAGGUCCGCGCAUUGGUUUACGGUUAG